AGUCGUGAAAAUGCAGUUUAUAUAAGAACGUGAAUUAAAAAAUAUUAUAUAUAUAUAUGUGUAUAUGAAAAUGUUAAAGAGAAAUUGGCUUUUUGUAUUAAAUUGUUAUAUUGUCAAAAAAAGAAAUAUGCUUUUCAUGGUAUUUUGUGAGGUAAGUUAUUAGUAAGACACUGGAGGUGUACAGAUAUAAAAAUUUAUAACAGGUUAAAUGUUAAUAUAUUCAAGAAUCCAGGUCUGUAUCUGGUUUUUUUUUUUUUUUUUCCCCCCCACACAGGAGAGGAAGAUCAGCUUGCAGGCUAUUGUAAAAUUUAUCACUGAAUCCUCUUGAGGAUUACAUCAGGUGUCUUAGGUUCUGGCAGUCACCAAGCCAAAAGCCUUAAACCGCUUAAAACCGAAUACGGGGUCCGAUCAUGGAGGGCGGUCGUAAACCUGCCAGCAUGGCUCAGCUCUGUCUCUAGUCUCAAAGACUAACCAGUUUAGUGUUAACAAUUUAAACACCCGUCAUGUCCUCAUGUAUCUGGAUUUUCUGACAUUUGAGAUGCGGAUCAUGAAAACAACGUUUUUAAGAGAGGCAGAACUUGUCGGGGCAUGAAAUCACUACAGUCUUUGUUCCAGACUCAUUGCAUGGAUAUUAUUUUCCUGUAGCACAACACUUCCCACUGGACUGGUACUACAGUGUGAGGAAUAUUGUCAGAUUUCACGUCAAAUUAUUGACCAUGUAAUGUAAGGUGAUUUACACAGACUAACAUGCCCCCUAUAUUAAUAUUUGAUCUUCUGAUAUAUUUCUUUAACACUCCAUUAGCAGUGUUUAAUAUGUUGUACGAGAAACAUAGUCACCGGUGGUAUAAAUCUGAAGGAGGUGAAUUAUUAUCGUUCCGUCGUCACCAGCUAUCACAGCAUCCAGGAUGACUGGAGUUUGGAGCAGGUCCAAUGUGUCUGCACCAGAAGACGUGUUUUUGCUUCAUGUCUUGCUUGCUUCAGUCAUGUUAUAAUCCCUAAACACCAUGUUGGUUACCAAACUCCACUUUUUAAGUAUUCAUUGGGGACGCAGGUGCUCUGUGUGUGGACACUAAAACUUUCAGCAUAAGUAAUAGAAGUAGCCAAAGGAGAUUAAGAUCAACAGGGUCAGUUACAUACGUACAAGGAAUUUAGUCCUCGCCAUCCAGAAGGCAUUAUCUUUAUCUAAUAAUCACAUUAGAGCCAAUCAACAAUGUUUUUUGGUGAAUUUAAUUCGAACAGAGCUGAAUAAUUCAUAGAGAUCUACAACUACAGAAGAAGGAUAGAACAAGGGAUGAAGAUGGGCUAGUUCAUCAAAUCAAGGACUGAAGAAUCAUCAUCAUAGACUUUUCAAGCAACUCGCAACUUUAUGGACCUUUAAGGAUUUUGUGGAUGAAGGUGUGUUGAAUUUAAAUCUCUACGUAUCUAUUUGACAAACGUGUGAAUUCUGAAUUUUAAGAGGGAAUCGGUGCUCUUUCAGGAACUUAAAAAUGGAGCCAGCCUUUAUUGAGACUUGGAGGCAUCUGAAGUGGAUGGACCAAACAUGGCUGUUCUUCCUGCUGAGUCAUGGCUAGAAGUGGACGUGGAUUUGGGCUUCGCUAUUUUUUUCUUCUUGCUUCUCUGUGUGUUACUGCUUUUCAGCAUAGUGCGCUGCAUUCAAAUCGUACUCGAUCCCUACAGCGCCGUUUCCAUCUCCAUCUAUCAGGAGGAACAGGAAGAAUGAACCUUUUAAUAAAUUUGCCAAUCAGGGCCUUUCCAACUGUAAUGGCGGACUCAAAGAAGCCCAAUACAAAGAACUGAAAUGUGUUGAAAUACAAAAGUAUAUUUGUUUGAUCCUGUUUACACGUACUCCGUCUCAGAGCUCUUGUCUCCGGACUGUUCUGAUGAUGUCUUAGUGUAAAAAUACCCACUGUUAUGCUCUUGUAGGAAAAUCAGCAAUAACAAGGUGGUUUGGUGAAGCGGAUAUCAAAAAUGGGCAAAUAAACAGCGUCCCUGCUAAAUGCAUGAGGACGUUUGUCAUUUUAAAUAAUUCGGUUAACCGGGUUGUACCUGCUCGCUCAGUAUCGAUGCAAAUAAAGAAAAAGUGAAUAAGAUAAUGAGCUUUUCUUCUUCCCGUGAACUCCAGAAAAUUUGGAUGAUGCUAUUUCCUGUUAUGGAAGAGUCCAGAUGCGUUUAUCUAACAGUGUGGAGUGAUGUUUGUACACUACAGAGUUUCACAACCAAUAAUGUGUGAUUCAAGUUGGAUCAUUUUAAAAAUGACUGUAAAAUAUUUCAAGAUUAAACAGAGUUGGCUGGUGUGAGAGUUAGAAAUUCACUUUAUUGUCUUCCGUGUCAUGAAGAUUUUGGAGACAAAGGCGACUCUGUGAGGAUCCUGAGGCAUCUAGAGAUGUUCCAGCUCCAGUUGGACUCUGCGAUACUAAAGAGGAGAUGUGAACUCCAUGUGGCCUUUGAGGACAACAAUCUCCUCAUCGAUACAACAUUUGUCAGACUAUAUUUAUAAUCACACCCUCCAGUGUCACCCAUAUGACGACAAGGUUCCCCUUUGAGUCUGGUUCAUCUCAAGGUUUCUUCCUUUACCGUCUAAGGGAGUUUUUCCUCCCCACAGUCACCUGAGUCACCUCAGACUUGCUCAUUUGGGAUAAAUACAAACAUUUAAAUAUAUCUAAUAUUGAUCUUUAUAUUAAUCUUUAUAAUUACCUUUUGUUCAAUGUUUAUGUUCUGUA